AUGAACGUUCCAUUUAAUACGGGCCAGCGGAAUUCCUGUUCUCUAUGCCAGGAGAAUUGUGCUUCUCUGGUCAACAAUUCUUGUCCGAAGCCACUGCGAUCCUCCCCUUCAUCCACGGUUCCUCCUCCUCCACAACACGUUCCUUCCUGUUCACCAGAUGACCGUGUAGGUCUUAUCAACCCCUCGGAUCUGCCCUUGCUCAAUUCGGAUACGCAGUCCGUUCUGCCAGGAUAUCUCGACACAGUAUCCAAUCAAAACGCACAUUUAAACACUCCAAUUGCAUCCCUACCCAUUUCAUGUCUUUCAGUCUCCAACACAAGAGACCACCUGAGCAAAACCGACGCUAACCACGUAAACAACGUCACUAACGAAACCGAAAACUCUAAAACCAAACUGAUCCCAGACUCGGGCCAAACACGGUUACGAUUACCCACCGAGCAGGCCACAGCCACAAUUCAUCAGCCCUGUCCUAAUCCCUGUCCAUCCAGUCCGACGCGGACAAAACGUCGUAGCUCCUCUUUUAAACUGACUCAAAACUUACGAAAUGGAUCUAAUAAGCUGGUCGAUUAUAGCACACACAAUGUCACCGUCAGACACCGGUCGGACACGUCUUUGCAUAAUCCGUUCAACUCAAUUGGUGCUCCAUCAGCAAAUCUCCCUGAAACCAGUCCCCUAGACAAAUCCUCCGGCACAAGGCAUCGGUGCUUUGUGAUUCGCCAAUCAACCACCGAGACGGCGAUCGAUCGGAAUGAAGAGAUAAAUCUCCCAGGUCACGUGACAGUUCAAAGGGCUGGUUCUGUACCGAACGAGUCCUCAUCCGCGCACCCGUAUGGAAAUGAGGCGACCGCGGACAUGCGCAGCUCCGAUACCGCACCAGUGGCCCUGAAACGUGGCAGCAUUGUGAACGGGACUGGGGACGUGGGCGCGGACAGACGAAAAUCACGUCAGACGGACAAUACCACCGAACUGUUGGCUCGACGUACCUUGAACGGGGGUAGUACAUUGUCCUUAACAGCAGAUCCACGAUCUCGAACGUGUUGUUUCUGUUGGUGUUGUUGUUGUUCCUGUUCUUGUAUGCGUGUUCGUGCCAACUUGCAAGAUUCCAAGCGACCAUCGGCCUCUUUGGAUCCUCAAUCCCGAUUGGAUGAGAUAAGUGCGGAUGAGAAGUGA